GUCACGCGCUUUCCAGGAACCCGUCACGAAGAAGAUAAACAAAACAAAGCAGAGAGCGAGAGCGCGAGGAAGCGUGGACUCAAUAGGUAUAACGAUAAAUAUAUAUUUAUACCUGCAAAGAGGUCUCAGCACAGCGGUGGAUACUGUUUGGAUGCGCUUUCAGGGAGGCCGUCGUAGAGCACAAGGAAGCCAGGAGGACUAAACAAGCACGUGUUAACAGCUGCAGAAGACUGCAAUUUGCAGAGGUGCCUUUAUCAGUGCAACUUCGUAAGGUUCUGCUGGUAGAGAACGAAAGUGGAAGCGGCUGGACGCGAGAGACGGCUCAAAAAUUUCCAGUUAGAUCCGGAGGAUCUGUGCUUGGCAAUGCCUCUGCCUAGCAUCAGUGGCAUGGAUCCUCCUUUUGGGGAUGCCUUUGAGAAUUACACUUUUGCUGACCAGGCGCUGACCAGCACAGACCUAUUAGCAAACAGCACAGACCCGGACUUCAUGUACGAGCUGGACACAGAUAUGACUUGUCGACAGAGCCCAAGAGCUGACGUCUUCUCCCAGGGUGACUGCAAGGAGAUCGAAAGUAUGGAACACUUUGCAGAGAUCCUGGACAGUGACCCCAAUUACAAUUCAAACUUUGAACAGUGGGACUCGUACUGGGAAGACCUGACCAAAUACACCAGGUUGGCCAGCUGUGAAAUCUGGGGCACAAAGGAGGUAGACUUUCUGGGCCUGGAUGACUUCUCUAGCCCCUACCAGGAUGAGGAGGUGAUUGGGAGGACACCUACACUGGCCCAGCUCAACAGCGAGGACUCUCAGCCUGUAGGUGACAUCCUCUACCACUCUGACCUGUUGCUAAGCCAGAAGCCUCUGUCCCUGCCCCCAUCCGCCAACGGCAACAAAGUGGUCUCAUUGAACAGGAACUCGCUCCCAGAUUUUGCAGAGGGCUCCCAGAAGGCUACCUGGCCAGUCCCUUCCUGCACGGAGACCAUGUCAAAGACACAGACACAGGUUCCCUUAGACAGCAAAGACUACAUGCGUAAGGCCAAGACCUACAUCAGUGUGCCAUGUCACCCUGCCAUGAGUUUGACUCAGCCUCCACCUACCACUGGUGUUGCCUCUCUUUUUGCUGAGGGUUCUGUUACAGCCUCUACUACCACCACGGCUCCCACUCUGGUUGUGUCGGUUUCAGCUAGUCUUUCUCCGAAUAGGACCACUGCUGCUCUCAGCAUUCCUUACAGGGAGAAGAAACUGGAGAAUCCCAGGCUAGAGGUGGCCCCCAGGCUUGAUAGCAAUAUGGACCAUCAGCUGCUCCUGACAACCAGGGCCAGUCAGAGUUCACAGCCCACUAGUGGUCUAAGCUCUGAUGUCUCGCGUGACAAGGAAGAAGAACACAACUACUCCCUGUUUGUGACACAAGGCAAACCAGGCGGCCGAGCGGAGCAGCAGCAGGAGGAGGAGGAAGUGGAGGGAGAUGAGCUGGAAGAGGUGGAGCUGGAUGAUGAAGACCAUGAUGAGGAGUUUGGCAGCGAGCACGAGUUCUCUGAGAACGAGGAGGAAGAUGAAGAUGAGGAAGAAGACUAUGAAGAUGACAAGGAUGACGAUAUGAGUGACAGUUUCUCUGAGCCAGGGUGUGACAAUGACGCUGCAGAGGAUGUGAAGGGCAUGGCAUCUGGAUUGUCACGUAAGAGGGGCAAACGGCGGUACUUCUGGGAGUACAGUGAGCAGCUCACGCCCUGCAAGCAAGAGCGUAUGCUGAAACCCUCCGAGUGGGAUAGGGAGACGUUGCCCAGCAACAUGUACCAGAGGAACGGGCUGCACCACGGGAGGUAUGCAGUAAAGAAGUCUCGACGCACGGAUGUGGAGGACCUCACCCCCAAUCCCCGGAAGCUACUGCAGAUUGGAAAUGAGCUCCACAAGCUCAACAAAGUCAUCAGUGACCUGACGCCGGUCAGUGAGCUCCCACUGACGGCCCGGCCACGCUCCCGCAAGGAGAAGAACAAGCUCGCUUCCAGGGCUUGCCGGCUGAAGAAGAAAGCUCAGUACGAGGCCAACAAAGUGAAGCUUUGGGGGCUCAGUACAGAAUAUGAUCGGCUUCUUUUUGUGAUCAACGCGAUUAAAGAGGAUAUUGUGAACAGAGUGCAGAAUCUGUCAGAGAGCAGUGGAACAAGCUUGACAAAAAAACUUGAGCAGCUUAUUAAGGACACUCUGGUGAAAUCACCAGUUGCUGGGCAGACAUCGGAGUUUGUCAACCAGAUUCUGGAGAACACAGCUGGCGGGGACCCUACGGGUGGCUUGGUGGGGCUUCGCGUUCCCACUUCAAAGGUGUAAUUAGGCGGUCCAGAAUCCCCUGCAGCCAAGGAACCCGACUUCCCCAUUGACGUCUCACACUGUAACACUGUUCAAUUCUGCAUGUUCAGUUAUGUCUGUAACAGCAUCCACAUGCAUAGUGUGAAUAUUUAAAUACCUGCCUACAAGUAUCAACAUGUAAUUAUAUAAUGCACAUACAGAGCAAGUGUGCAUUAGAUGAUGAUGAACAGUAGUUCAUGUGUGUAGGAUUUCUACAUCAGCAGUUUGUUGUUUGCCAUUCCUGCAUGUGGCAGAUGAACCUCGCUUAUUAUCCACCACUUGCAAAUCUUAAGCCAAUAUAAAGAUCCUGUACCCACUGGUAUAAUUUACUGCAAAAACAAACAAUCAAGCUAAAAUACAUUUGCACUAUAUGCAUGUCCAUCAGUGUCAGAAGGGGGACUGCAAAGUUGCCUGGCCUAAUCACAACAGCAGCAACUAUUGAGAGAGAAGUUCAUGGAAUUGGUGUUUGAUUUCUGAAUUUUUUAUUAUUUUUUUUAAACUCAAAGAGGCUUAAAAUCAUCUGGGCAAGUUAGGAAACUUUCCAUGUUUCAUGAUACAGUUGUUGGUGUUGGACCAUUGUCGAGCUCAUGCAAUUUGGUCUCGUGGUUUAUAUGACUGUGAAUUUCUGUUGCCUUUUUUGCUGAAAGGGGCAAAAAAUUUAAAGGAACACGAGAGAGGGACUACUCAGCAAUGUGAAUGGCAAAAGCUUUGUAAUAUAAACUGGAUGAUAAUGUAAUAGUUCUGUCAAUUUUGUUUUUAUAAGUCACCUAACAUUCUGAUGCCAUGGGCUGUGUGCUUACAGAUGCAAUAGGCAAACGUCCCUAACUCCGAAUUAUAUUUAAGCACUUUCAUGUGUACUUAAGAAAAAAGUUAUACUUAUUGUGCCUUGUAUUUGUGAUAUGUUGGUACAAAGAAAUUUGCAGGAUGGGAUGACUUGUGGAAUUUGUAAUGCGUUUUAGCUAUUUGAGAUAUGCUGAAUGUGCACAAGAACACAUGGAAAAUGUAGAUAUAUGCCAGGGCAUUCUAUUCUAAGAUGGCGCUACUUUGGUUUUUGGUACUUGGCCAGGGUUGGGGGGGGGGGGACAAGAAAUAUGAAAGAGAAAUGUUUGCACACUAUAUUUUGAUUGUUGUUUUUUGUACCAAAGAUGAAUGCAACAAAAAUGGCAAAUAGCCAGUAUUUGAAAGGUUUUGCACAGCUUAUCUGACACCGUACUGAAUGUAGGGAAAGUGGUAGGGUCUGGGAUAUUCAUUCAACUGUGAAUUUGCAUGGGUCCAAUUAGCUACAGGAGGAAGUAUCCGUUCACAUCUUCUGCAAGUUUGUGUUUUCCUCUUUUGGCUUUAGAAUCAGAAAGGACUUUGGGAUUUUCCUGAAUAGACUGCUGCAGUAUAUGUGCUACCACCAUCUUUUUAUUUGUACAAUCAGAUAUUUGAGAAUAAAAAGCACUUAAUCAUACUUUCAUUUAGCGCGUUUAAAUGUCACCAGAAGUAACCAAAAGCUGUAUUAUUUCUAUGACUAUGAUAAAUACACAUUUAAUGUAUAUAGAAUAAGAUACAUCUGUAGAAACGAAUGCAUAAAUAUAAAUGUGUACAGUCAUAAAUAUACAUGUAUGUAUGUAUUCCUAAA